GAUAACGUUUUCGCGUGAAUUAAAAAGAGACGAGACUAUACUCAACAUAAUAGACCGCUCUACUUGCUAACGUAAUCGUUCUAAUAGUAUAUCAUCGUAUGUACUGAAGAAGUCGAGAGUCAGAUAAAAAAAAUUAUGUUUAUAAGUUCGUAGGAAAAAUUUUCAAUUUAUCGUUAUUUUUUGCGUUCAAUAAUGGCUUGGUCGAAUUGAUAAGAAAAUCUGCGAUGUCGUUCGUCCAUCAUCGUUACAAUUAUUAUAUUUAGCAAAUGGCUUUAUGUCUUAAUAAUGGCAUACACUUGUGUUCGUGUGGUUUUUGAAAUUGGCCAUGUAUCAACGAUACGAAAUGAACCGACUGUCGAAGGAUUCACCCACGAUUGGGAGCUCUUCCUCAGAGGCGCUGAUAACACCGAAAUAGACCAUUUUAUCGAAAGAGUUGUCUUUCAUUUGCACGAGUCGUUUCCUAAUCAUAAAAGAGUCAUUAAAGAUCCACCUUAUGUGGUAUACGAAACCGGAUACGCUGGGUUCCCUCUGAUGAUCGAUAUAUAUCUGAAGAAUAAACACGAACCGUCGAGAAUACGUUUCCAUUAUCAUUUAACCCUGCAACCGAAAGGACCACCAUUACGUAGUGUACAAAAAGAAAGAUAUGUGUUCAAAAAUCCUUCGGAAGAUUUUCGCAGGAAGCUUAUCAAAGGAGGAGGAGUGGGUGUCGGAGCGGAUUCCGCCUCUGGUAGCCAUACCAAUCAUAUGGCUGCGUUGAAUAACGAUCAUUCCACUGAUGAACAUAAAAGUUUGAAUAAUAAGAACAAAGCUUCGCCUCAAGAUGUAAGCGUAUCUUCGAAAAAAUCCAAAAAGGAGAAUACGCCGAAAAAUGAGGAACAACUUAGCGCAAAUGAUCCCUUUUCGAUAUUCGGACAGCCGAUUAAAACGUCCAAAAUACCAUUAGUAUCUAAAUCAAGCUCUAAAAAUCAGAUCUCAGAUAAACCGCCUCCUCAAGAGAAGCAGUCGCAUUCGUCGAAAUCCUCGAAACACAGCUCGUCCUCGCAUAAAGACAAAGACAAAGAUAAAGAACGCGGCAGCGGCGGCGGCGGCGGCGGCGGCAGCGAAAAAGAAAAAACCAAAGAUAAAGAUAAAAACUCGAUGAAGCGUAGCAGCAAAGAAAGCAGCGAGUUAUCGUCAUCGUCGUCGUCGAAAAAGGAUAAAUUCAAAGACGAUAAAGUGCGAAUAUUAAAAGUAUCGUCGAAAGAGGACAGCAAGAAGAACUCGUAUCACGAGGAGAAGUCAUCGUCCAAAGAGAAAUCAUCGUCUUCGGAAAAGUCAUCUUCGGCGAUGAUGGUCGAGCGGAGUUCGUCUACCGGACGUAGUAGCGCUGAUAAUAAUACCGAGAUGCUCAAGUUCGAGAAAAAAGAGAAGGAUAAGAAACACAAAGAUGAGAAGAAAUCCAAGUCUAAAGAUAAAUAUAAACAGAACGAGAAGAAGGAGAAUAUCGAUGUUGUGAUGAAAGAGUCGUACGUCAACGAACGAUCCGAGAAAUUGUUUUCGAAUAAAGACGAUUACAAAGAGGAGAAGAAAUUUCACAGGAUCGCUAAUAGUAAUAGUAAUAAUAACGCUGACGAUAAUAAUAAAGAUAAUAAGGCUGAAAAAAUUAGCAGUAAAGAUAAAGGCGCAGCUAUCGCGGAAACCAAGAAUUUAUUCAAUAAUGUAAACAACAAUAAUAAUAAUAAUAGUAGUACUAAUAACAACAAUAGUACGGAUAGUCAGAUUAUUAAUAACGGCGAUAAUACGCAACGCAGCAAGGAGCCAGCUGAGGUCAAACAUAAACAUCACAAGCAUAAAAAAGAUAAAUCCAAAAAAGAUAGCAAACGCGAUAAAGAAGAACGUAAAGAGAAAAAAGAAAGUAAAGAAAACAAGGAAAGAUUCUCGAUGGAAUCGCAGCAGCAGCAGCAACAGCAACCGCAACAACAACAACACGUUCAGCCACAGCAGCCAGCAACUCCUGCGACUCAAGCUCAACCGCCGGCAGCUGUCGUAGCCGCACCUCAGUCGAGAUCUACUCCAAAGUCCGGCUCGACGGAUAGUCCUCGACGUCUAAAGAAACCAGUCAAAGCGCUUUUCGAGCUAGAUAAUUCGGAUUCGGAGUUCUCGAGCAUGGAUGACGAUCUGCCACCACCUUCGCUGCCGCCAGCUCACCAUAGACUUAUGCCAGCUAAGGAAAUGUUAUCGUCUCCGUCUCCAUCCCCCGAGAUGAAUCUAAUCAAAGAAGAACCCAUGUCCGGUUACAAUAAACGCGAAGAACAAACCAAAGAAGAGAAAUACGAGACGCCUACGUCGAAAAAGAAGAAGAAAAAUAGCGAAGAACGAGAGAACAAGAAACGUAAACGUAAAUCCAAAGAUAAAGAAGAAAACGCCACCAGUAAGAUGAUCAAAUACGAGACGAAUUGCUCGCAAGCUGCCGACCUGGCCGGCAAACCGGCCGAUCCCAUGGCUGGAUCAGAUCGCACCAGGCAGUCGAAAUCCGUUAGCCCUUCGGAGCCCAAGUUCACCGACGAGUACAUUACCAAGCUCAAAGAGCUGCAGAGGAAGAUCAUGACAUUAGAGGAUAACUCCGGACUGCAGAGGAUCGUGCAGGUUGUGGCCGAAACAGGUCAGUACGAAAUUACCACGAAAACUUUCGAUUUCGAUUUGUGCACUCUGGACGAAUCGAUAGUACAGAGAUUGUUGGAUUUUUUUGUACCAUGAGCUUUGUUAUUUAGUACUUUAACGUACGAGUUUGUUUGUUUGUUUUUUCUUUUUCAUCACCCUUUUAUGCGACCUAUUAUUAUUUUUUUCUUUCUUUUUUAAUUUUAAUUUUUUUUUUCGUUUUUUUCCUUGUUAUCGUUUCGUUUUUUCUUUUCUUUUUAUUUUCUUUUUCGUUUAUUUAUUUUUUAUUUAUUAUCUCUUCGGAUGAUUGGAUUUGAAAUGAAUUUAAGAGAUAGGUAAACUCGGGUGUUGUGCGAAGCGUGUAGGUAAUCGAGGCGAGUUACUGUAUUUUUAGGCAACUUGUGCUUGAAUUUAUUUAAUUCCGAACUCUUGGACUGGUUUCCUGCGUCGUUCGUUUUAAUAGGAAAAUAUUCAAAAGUGGCCAUCGAUUAUCCAGCUGCCUUUCUCAGUCUAAAUUUUGAUAGAUUUCUUGUGUUACUAAAAUAUUGCUUUUGGAAUUAUUAUUCCUCAUUUUUGCUGUAAACUCUAAAAGCAGACAAAUACUCGCGAGUUGAUUUUCAGAAUUCGAUGGACAUAAUUUUUGGCAGCUUUUAUAGUACACCUACACAUCCUUGAUGGAUUUUCAAGCACAAAGUUGUACAGAACUUGACUCGAUGGCAGGGCUGGUGAUCACUGAUCUUCCACUUUCUCGUCUUGUGCCAACAUAGCAAGGUGUCAAAUAUGUACAUAGUAGACCUCGUAUGCAUUAUAAGAAUGGGUCAACGUACUCAUCUACAUACCUCUCCUUGAAACUAGAUGUUUAAGCCAUAUUAUUGUUAUUAUUAUAGUUUUUAAACCCGAAAUUUUUGGGAUAAUAACCAUUUUUCCAAAAAAAAGAGUUUGUUCGUAGUUGAGUAUUUUUAAAAAUGAGCAUUAUUUUAUAAAUUUGGACGAAAAAUGAAGAAUUUUUUGCUUUAAAAAAUGUAAAUUUUUACAAAAGUCGAAUAUUUUUGGCCAGAACAACGUGAUUGAUCACUUCGGGUAAAAAAAAUCGUUCUUUAGCGAAAAAGUGACUAAAAUAUGAUUCUUUAACUGAAAAUUUAUUAUUUUUGGCAAAACAUUACAAAAUAAAUGUUUUUUUAUGCCAAAAAAAUGAUAAUUUUUAGCCAAGUAUACGUAAUAAUGAUCACUUAAUGCAUAAAAUGAAUCUUUGUAGAAAAAAUAUAUACCUAUUUCUCAAAAUAUUACCAUUUUUACACAAUUUUGUAGUUUUUGAAAAAAAAAAGAUCUUGUGGCAAAGGAUAACUUUUUGGUAAAAAUUCCAAAUUUUGAAAAAUCAUGAAAAAACUGCUUCUUUUUAACUCACACAUUCAAUUUUUGUGAAAAAAAAAAAAAUAGUUUACUUUAUAGAUGAAAGAUGAUUCUUCGAAAAAAAAAUAAUAAUUUCUUGAGGAAAAGUAGAAGACUACUUUGGCUAGAAUUUACUUUAACAAAAAAAUGGAAAAAAAAGUCGUUACUCUACAAAGAAAAAAAUCACCUAAGUAUUCAUCAUUUUUUCCCAAAAUGGCCAUUUUUCCAAAAAAAAAAAAUCAUUUUUAACCGACAGUUCAUUUUUUGUCAAAAUGGACUUUUUUUUCUAAAAUGACCAUUUUUCUCCAAAAAUUGCCAUUUUUUUACCAAUUAUGAAUUGUAAUUUAUUUAUCAACUCAAAAUUUACAUUUUUUGCCAGCAGUGGGCCAUUAUUGUCAAAAUUGUCAUUUUUUGGGUAGAAAUUACUUGUAAUUUUUGGCAGAAAAUAAUUAAAUAAUUUUGAGGGAAAAUAAAAUGAUUGCCUUUGGCAUAAAAUGACCAUGUUGACAAAGGAAACUGUUACUUUUAAGUUUGACAAAAAAUUACAAUUUUAUGUAAAAAAAAAAAAAAUACAAUUUAGGCAAAAAAGGAAAAAAAGGACUAUUUUUUAGGGUUUAAUAAGAAUUUUUGAUUGGUAAAAAAUUGAAAAAUCUUAUUUUUUGGUUGAUAAUUUUUGGCAAAAUAAAAUGACAACUUCUAGUUUAAAUCAUGUCAUUUUUUGCAAAAAGUGUCCUGUUGCAGAAAUGGCAAUCUUGGCUAAAAAUCACAAUAAUUUUCAACUAAGAAUGACAAUUUUGGCUAAAAAUGACAAAUUUUGUAAAAAAAAAAUGGUUGUUUUGUAAAAAAAUGAUUAUUUUGGCAAAAAAUGAACAUUAUUGUUUGAAGAAAUAAUUUCAUGACUAGUUUUGGCUAAAAAUUGUCAUUUUGGGGGGAAAUGAAAAAUUUGGUUAAACAAAAUGAUCAAUUGAGCAAAAAAUGACCUUUUUGGCAAAAAAUGGUUACCGGCCGUUGACAAAAAAAUGACAAUUUUGGGGGGGGGGAAAUGGUUACUUUGCAAAAAAAAAUGAUCAUGGCAAAAAAUGAACAUUUUGUUAGGAAAAAUGAUUUCUUUUGACAAGAAAUGACUAGUUUUGGGUGAAAAUUGUCAUUUUGGAAAAAACUAACUUAGUCACAAAAAAAUGAGAAAUUUUCCCCAAAAAAAAAUAUGACAAAUUUGGCCAAAAAAAUGACCAAUUUGGCAAAAAUUACCAAUUUUGUAAAACAUGGUUCCUUUUGACAAAAAAUGACAAUUUUUAUGGUUAAUGGCAAUUUCGAGCAGAAAAUGAACAUUAUUGUUUGGAGAAAUAAUUUCAUGACUAGUUUUGGCUAAAAAUUGUCAUUUUGGGGGGAAAUGAAAAAUUUGGUUAAACAAAAUGAUCAAUUGAGCAAAAAAUGACCUUUUUGGCAAAAAAUGGUUACCGGCCGUUGACAAAAAAAUGACAAUUUUGGGGGGGAAAUGGUUACUUUGCAAAAAAAAAUGAUCAUGGCAAAAAAUGAACAUUUUGUUAGGAAAAAUGAUUUCUUUUGACAAGAAAUGACUAGUUUUGGGUGAAAAUUGUCAUUUUGGAAAAAACUAACUUAGUCACAAAAAAAUGAGAAAUUUUCCCCAAAAAAAAAUAUGACAAAUUUGUCCAAAAAAAUGACCAAUUUGGCAAAAAUUACCAAUUUUGUAAAACAUGGUUCCUUUUGACAAAAAAUGACAAUUUUUAUGGUUAAUGGCAAUUUCGAGCAGAAAAUGAACAUUAUUGUUUGGAGAAAUAAUUUCAUGACUAGUUUUGGCUAAAAAUUGUCAUUUUGGGGGGAAAUGAAAAAUUUGGUUAAACAAAAUGAUCAAUUGAGCAAAAAAUGACCUUUUUGGCAAAAAAUGGUUACCGGCCGUUGACAAAAAAAUGACAAUUUUGGGGGGGGGAAAUGGUUACUUUGCAAAAAAAAAUGAUCAUGGCAAAAAAUGAACAUUUUGUUAGGAAAAAUGAUUUCUUUUGACAAGAAAUGACUAGUUUUGGGUGAAAAUUGUCAUUUUGGAAAAAACUAACUUAGUCACAAAAAAAUGAGAAAUUUUCCCCCAAAAAAAAAUAUGACAAAUUUGGCCAAAAAAAUGACCAAUUUGGCAAAAAUUACCAAUUUUGUAAAACAUGGUUCCUUUUGACAAAAAAUGACAAUUUUUAUGGUUAAUGGCAAUUUCGAGCAGAAAAUGAACAUUAUUGUUUGGAGAAAUAAUUUCAUGACUAGUUUUGGGUAAAAAUUGUCAUUUUGAGGGGAAAUGAAAAAUUUGGUUAAACAAAUGACCAAUUGGGCAAAAAAUGGUUACUGUUGACAAAAAAAAUGACAAUUUCGAGGGGGGGGAGGGGGAAUGGUUACUUUGCAUUUUUGCAAAAAAAAAUGAUCAUGGCAAAAAAUGAACAUUUUGUUAGGAAAAAUGAUUUCUUUUGACAAAAAAUGACUAGUUUUGGGUGAAAAUUGUCAUUUUGGAAAAAACUAACUUAGUCACAAAAAAAUGAGAAAUUUUCCCCAAAAAAAAAAUAUGACAAAUUUGGCCAAAAAAAUGACCAAUUUGGCAAAAAUUACCAAUUUUAUAAAACAUGGUUCCUUUUGACAAAAAAUAACAAUUUUCAUGGUUAAUGGCAAUUUUUAGCAAAAAAUGUCAUUUUUGGCGAAGAAAUGUCUUUUUUGGCAAAAAUGGUUUUAGUGUUGGAAAAAAAUGAAAAUUUUUGAUGAUAAAUGACGUUUUAGCUGAAAAUCACAACUUUUGGGGAAAAUGACAUUUUUUUUGAAGAAAAAAAAAGGGAUUCUUGUAUAAAAAUACUUGUAAUGAUUACUUGUGGUAAAAAAUAAUUCUUUGGCAGGAAAAUGAUUGCUCUAUGACCAUUUCUGAAAAAAAUGAAUAUUUUUCUCAAAAGAAAAAAUGAUUUUUUUUGGCCAAAAAUGAUAUUGUGCCGAAAAUUGAACAUUUUGAAGGAAUAAAAAAAUUAUAAUUUGUCAAUUAGGUACCUACAUAAUUAUGCACUUUGCUAAAAAUAAUAAAAAAAAUCCUCAACAAUUUGUAAAAAAAAAAAAAAAAAAAUAGAUUUUUUUCAUCUGCCAAACUACAACUUGUGAAAUAUCCAACGUGUUGCAAGUACUUCUGAAGCAAUAUCAGUUUAUCCAGCCCUGCUCAACAAUAUCACGCUUUGCACGACGAAUUAAUAUCAUCAAUUUGACUGCAUAUAGACUGUUGAAAAAGAUGCUUGAAAUGCCAAUUUUCACGAUGAUUUUUCAAGUCUAUCGAACGUCGAACGUUGAUACUGUUUUUUAGACUAAAUGUAAUUUCGAAAUAUAGCGAAGAAGAAAUAGCGGUAUUUUAGCGAAUUUUGUUAGUUUUUGUUUUUAUUGUUUCGUCGCAUACGCAGCGGGUGUGCGAUGAUUUUUUUUCCUUACUUUAAAAAAAGAAAAAAACAACUUAAACGUUUUUAAGAUAAAUUUAUUAUCCAAACAGUUCCUCUUUUAGUUAAAUGUACUACGUUUAAGAUGUUAAUCGGUUUUUUUCUCUUCUUUUUUUUUUCUAUAUACGUCGUAAAAAUGGGAGAUUGAAGUGUUUUAAGGGUUUAAUACCCUAAUGCAAUUUAUCGCAAAUGUGAGAGAUUGAAAUAUUUUAAAGGUUUGAUACCUAAAUGCAAUUUUUUUAAAAAAUGAACGAUCGAUUAAUAAUUUUUUUUUAAACAAUAGACGAUUAUCGUAAUGUAAAUUAUUAUUAGUAGUUACCUGUGGGAAAAUAUUUCAAGUUAAUUGGAAUAUACAACAUCGAAACCUGUUUUUUUUUAAUAAUUAAGAUUUUCGUAAAAGUACAACGCCUUGAGCUUUUUAAAAAAAAAGAUGAAUUUUUUUUCCAAGGCGCACAUUCCAUGAGCUUGUUUGAAGGAUUUGUUUUUUCUGUUUUUAUUUUUUUUUCCUUUUCGUCGUAUGUUGUAGAUUUUGUAGGUAUUUGUAAGUGCGCGAGCUUUUUGUAUUCGAAGUGUAACGAGAAAAAUAGAUAGUUGAAAUAAU